AUGCCGGGCCCCCUGGGAGCCCCGCCCAUCACGCAGCUGGGAGCGCCGCUCACCGCAGAGGCUCCGCCCCAUCGAGCCACGCCCCAUGCUGACUCACGGGAGGCGUGUUGCGAUCGCCCCGCCCUAUCGCUAAGCCCCGCCCACCUACGUGCCUGGAUGGCGGCCGCGCUUCCUCUAAAGCUCCGCCCGCUCGUGAGCUUCCGCCCGGCUUUCCUGGCCCGCCCCGCCCACCCGCCCCGCCCCGCAGAGCACGCCGGGAGCGGCGGGCGCGCGGCGAUGGCGGGCGCCGGGCCGGGCGGGCGGCGGGACGGGGCCGUGAGGACCGCGCUGGCCGUGGCCGCCGCGCUGGCGCUCGCCCUGGCCUGGCUGUUGCUUCGGGGCGCGCUGCUGGGCGCGGCGGCGCUGGGCGCGGCGGGCGCCUGGUGCGCCAUGCGGCCCGGCCCCCCCGCGCCGCGCCCGCCCGCAAGGGUAAGCAAGGGGGAGGUGGGGGUAGAGCGGGCGCGGAAGCCCCAGACCUCGUCGGAGGCGCCGACCUUGCUCUGUCUCCACAGGGUUCGUCGCUGCCGGCCGCAGGCCCCGCGCCGCCGGUACCCGCUGCCUGAGGGCCGGCCGGCCGUGCCGCUGUGCUUGCCCGCCGCCCGCUGGGAGGGCGGCUCCCCCCGUAGCGCGCCUUGGGCCCGCCGUGCCGCCCCGCUCCGCAGCCCCGUCACUGUGAGAAUCGCCCCGCCGACCGUCGGCAUCGCCCGCUCCCCGGCUCUCGAGCAGCUGGUCUCACCUCUGGCCUUCCCGGCUACUAGCAGCUCUGACCCGUGUGCAAAGGAGACUGUGCUGAAUGCCAUCAGGGAGAGCCGGAAAAGGGCUGUGGAGGAGGAGGAGGAGGACCAGACGUUUGGGAAUGAUCAGGAGAGCAAAAGAAGGCGCCACGACAGCAGUGGAAGCGGGCAGUCAGCAUUUGAGCCACUGAUAGCCAAUGGUGCCCCUGCUUCUCUCAUACCCAAGCCAGGCUCUCUGAAGAGGGGCCUCAUCUCACACUGCCCAGAUGACUGCUCCAACAAGAGGUCUCGCACCUCCUCCAUGAGCUCCCUCAACAACACCUACGCUGGGAUCCCCAGCUCCAUCCGCAAUGCCAUUGCCAGCUCCUACAGCUCCAGCCGGGGCCUCACACAGCUGUGGAAGAGAAGUGGUGUGAGCGUGUCCCCUCUGUCCAGCCCAGCGUCCUCCCGCCCUCAGACACCAGAGUGGCCUCUCAAGAAAGCCAGGGAAGAGGAAUUACAUCGUUCCAGCACUUCCACCCCAGCAAAAUCAGACAAGGAGCUCCAGACAGAGAAAGUGGUGGAGUCACCAGUGUGGAAGAAGCGGAAUUCCCUGAGCCCACCGUCCACCUCAGGGAGCAGCGGGACACGCAAGCGAAAGAUCCCGUUGCUGUCGUCUCUCCGUGGGGACCAGCUGGUGCUGCCCCCGCCACCUCAGCUGGGCUUUUCCAUCACCUCAGAGGACCUGGACGCAGAGAAGAAGGCAGUGCUGCAGUGGUUCAACAGUGUCUUGGAGGAUAAGUCUGAUGCAGUCCCCAGCACCACUGCAGAGAUGAUGCCUGUGUCCAAGCCACUGGUGUUUGCUGUGACCUCCACUGGGCCUAUGCCUGCCUCCACAGCUUCUGCCCUGGCCAGCUCUUCGCCCCUAGACAGCCUGAAGAAGAUGCAGAGGAGCCAGGCUGUAUCCACAGCACCAGACUCCACUGGACCUGUGGCAGCAUCCCAACCACCUCCAUCAACUGCACAGUCCCCUGCUCCUGCUGUGUCAUUGGAGUCGAGCUCUCUGCCUGCCAUCUCUGCUGACACCAAGCCUGUGCCUGUACUGAGCACACCUGCCCCCAGUGCUUCCCCUGCACUGGCAGGGCAACCCCCCAGCAGCCUGGCCCCGCCUGUGUUCACUGAGCUGGGCCAGACCCCCAGCAAGCCUCCCUCCUUCCCAAAGCCAAGCAUCCUGUUUGGGAUGCUGAACACCCCUCCAGCCAGCCAGCCAGCAGUGCCUGCGGCUGCUGCUGCACCCACUGCAUCCACAGCUGCAUCCACAGCUGCAUCCACUGCUGCAUCCACUGCUGUGCCCACCACAGCCACUGCUGUGCCCACCACAGCCCCCGUCUUCAAACCCAUCUUUGGUGCUGUCCCAAAGAGUGAGAACACAGCAGCCUGCACUGCUGUCAAUUCCACAACAGCCACUGUGUCUGCAAGCUCAGGCCUUGCCUCAACGUCCUCCACAUCCUCCAUAUUCAAGCCCAUCUUUGGCAACGUCACUGCAGCUUCAUCUCCAGCGGAAGUCUCUUCUUUCACCUUCAGUCCCAUGGCACAGACAGCUUCAGAGCCACCAACUGCCUCCACAGCUACUCUGGCAGGAUUCAUGGGUCUUCCCAACGUCAUCUUCACCACUGCAGCUACAACUGCCGCCACCCAGAGUUCCUCCACGGAUGCUACCGUUAAACCUGUCUUCAGCUUUGGACUGAACUCGCCUGCUUCCACUGGCCCUGCCCCCAGCGUGACUGUCACCGCUGCCACCUCCACCAGCACAACCCAGCCCUUCCUAUUUGGGGGCCUCGCUGGCUCAGCUCCCAGCACAGACACCAGCUUUGCCACCUCAGGGCCUGUGUUCCAGUUUGGGAAGCCGCCUCCAGUCACAGUCACUGCCACCACGAGUGUCCCUGGAGGCCCUGCCUUUGGCCAGGUACUUUCAAACUCGACAGUCGCCGCCACCACCGUGGGUUUUAGCAUAUUUGGGAGUGCGACACUGACCUCCUCUGCCCCAGCCACCACAACUCAAGCACCACUGACAUUUGGCUCCUCCGUUUCAGCUUUUGGCAGCUUUUCAGCCAGUGCAAAGCUGCCGCCACCAUACCCCGGCACUGGGAGCCAGCUCACCUUCAGCACCGGGGCUACUGAGAGCCAGGUGCCUGCCAGCAAGCCUGCUGCUGGCCCCAUCAGCUUGACACCCUCAUUCAGUUUUGGAGCCCCCCCAGCACAGUCAGUGGCUCAGCCAGCAUUUGGCAGCGGUGCCCAGCCAGUCUUCGGUACAGCCAGUGGCCAGGGCUCCUUUGGUGCCAGCAGCACCCAGGCUGCGUUCGGGACCACCACCUCAGUGUUCUCUUUUGGAACAGCCACCUCCACCACAUCUAGCUUUGGUGCCACCACCCAGACCACAAGCAGCAGCACCAGUACCACUGUCUUUGCCACCACCCCAUCUCUAUUCACCUUCGGGGCCACCACCCAGCCAGGCCCCUCCACCAGCACCUUUGGGAUGGGUACGCCGGGCCUCAGCAGUGGGUCCCCUACUGUGGCCUUCAGCUUUGGGGCUGGGCAGAGCGGGUCAGCCCCGGCAGCAACACCCUUUGGCUCAUCUCUGCCACAGAGUGCACUGGGAGCGCAGGGCCAGAGCACGCCCUUCGCCUUCACCAUGACCAGCACUCCCAACAGCAAACCAGCAUUUGGAGGAGCUCCAGUGCCCACCUUUGGGCAGAGCACACCUGUCCCUGGAGCUGUGGGCAGUGGAAGCAGCACCCUUUCCUUCAGGACACCCAGCACUCCUGCCUCAAGCUUUGGAGGAGUCGGCACUUCCUUUGGUUCAUCCGCUCCCACCUUCUCCAUCGGGGCAGGAUCUAAGACGGGCACUCGCCAGCGGCUGCAGGCACGGAGGCAGCACACCCGCAAAAAGUAACCCAUGGCCCACACUGGGGGCUCUGGUUGGAGCUGUCCCUAUGGUGGGGCCAGUCCCUAACACCCACCAGAGACCAUGCUGGGAUGGGAUAAACCAAACUCUUGUUACUUGAACAGUUCCAGAGCCAAGGCUGGACAAAUCUCUGUACAUAUCUGCAAUGUUCUUUCUCUCAAUUUAUUUUGUCUUGGUUAAUAAUGUGUACAUUUCUCCCCAUUUGCUUCUUCUACCUGUUUCCUGUGCCCUGCCCCAGCCCCACCCCAGCCCUAAGGCCAUGUCCCACUCAGAGCCUGGCUGGCAACAUGCUGUGGUUCUGAGUUAAUGUCAGACACCAUUUUCACCAGGUCCCAAAAUCUUUCCCAUUGUUCAUCCCAUGGCCUAGUGAAUAUGGUCCUAUGCCUGCAGCCGGGGUGGGUUCCAGCCUGGCUCUGUUUUGGUGCCACAGGUGACUGCCAUGGGUGCAAUUGGGUGACACCUCUCACUGGGACCUAAUGCCCUGCUACCUCCAGCUGAGGACAUGCCAUAGCCUGGGAGCUGAGCUGGAGGCACGGAGUGAGGAUCGGGGUCCCCCCACCCCUCUCCCAUCUCCGCUGCUCUGGGGGGCUGUGGGCUGCCCCCACCCUGCUCCCCAGUUCUGCUUUAUCUGUGCUACUGUUCCUGCUCUCACUGAAUCGAGUUUGGAGGAAGAGCUGAACCGUGUGUGUGGCGGCAUGUUGGUUAUGCCGGAUUUGCUGUUUGGAGUUUCUUUUUGGGGGGGCACCAGUCCUUGGGGGGAGACUUGCCCCAGCUAAUUGGGUGUUGACAGUAGCAUCACUGCGUGGCUGCUCGUGCUGGGAAGUCCCUUCCAUGUCAUGAGUGAAAGGCAGCUAGGGCAGAGGGUUCCAACUGUGGCAGUCUCUCCCCUCCCUUUCCCUCUCUCCUAGUACCUCUUCUGCACUGCAGGGCGCUCUGGAAUUGCUCACAGAAGGAGUCCAGAGCAGAUGCACUCUCCCCCCCAUCCCAAAUCCAAAUUGUUUUUCAUUUUUCAGCUUAUCUCCAUCCCAGUGGAGCUCCUAGGAACUGGGGUGCUGCCUCCCCCUGUCCCCAUCCAGCCAGGAGUGGAAAUCCCACCCUUCCCUGCCUUCCUUGGGAAGAGACUGCCAGAGCUGGGGCUCACCAAAAAGCCACCCCCUGCCCUGUCCUUGGUGAGGGAUGGGCACUCCAUUCCCAGGAAUGCUUUGCUGCCAGGUUUUUACUCUCCAAGCCGUGUGAGUGGGUGUGUUUGCUAAGGUCUAAAUU